AUGUAUAAACUCGAUAUUCCACUUGAUUUAAAAGAAACAGCAGCUAUAGAACGACGUCGUCGAGCGGAAAAAGAACGUCAAGGAAGAAUAUUCAAUGCUAAAUAUCGACAAAUAGGCAUUGACAAGGAAGCAUUAAAUCAACAAAUUGAAGAUCGAAAUUGGUUAGAAGAACUUGAACAAAAACGUGCAAAUGCAUUGGCUCAAGAUGCUAUUCGAAAUGAUAAAAUAGCUCAAUUACUUGAACGUCGUCAAGAAUAUGAUGAAAGAGAAAAUAAUCGAGCAAUAAAUGAAUUUCGUGCUUUACAUCAACAACCACCUGCACAAAGAGAAUGGGAUUUAAAUGAUCCAGAUUAUUUAAAAAAAGAUAUGCCAGCACGUGUAUCUGAUGAUGAUCCACGUUGUGGUUUAUCUAGUUUACAAAAAUUUCAAGGUGAAGAUCUUAAUUCACGUGCACGAAAAAAAUAUCAACAAGAACAAUUACGUGAAUGGUCACGUAUGCAACAAGAAGAUCAACAACGUGCACAACAACAACAACAAGCAGCUGAUCAUUUAUUUUAUGCUAAACAAAAUGAAUUAGAUCAACGUUCUAUUGAACUUCAACAAGCUGAAGAAGAUUGUCGAAAAGCUAUUAAUGAAUCGAUUAAAAAUUAUAAUGAUGCUUUAUAUCGAGAAACUCAAGAACGUCGUGCAUUAAAAAAACGUCAAGAAGAAUAUGAUAAUUUUUCUGAAAUGGCAAAUAUGAUAACAAGUGAUUUAUUAACAGAAAAUCCUGAUCAAGCUAUAAGUCAAUUUGGACCUCAUCGUAUUGUACCAGAUCGAUGGAAAGGUAUGAAUGAAGAUCAAAUACGUCGUAUACGUGAAGAACAACAACAUCAAAUUGAAGAAAAAAAACGUCGUAAUGAAGAAGAACAACAACAUGAAGAUGAGUUGAAUCGACGACGUAUUGCUGAAGCUAAAGUUGGAAUGAUUGUUGAAAAAAAUCUUGAACGUGAACGACGUACAUUUGAACAUGAUCUUUAUAAUGAUAAUCAACGUUUAGCAAAUGAACAACGUAAUCUCAAAGCAUAUCUUGAUCGUGUUAUUUAUACAAAUCAACCAACAGCUGCUUAUUUUAUGCAGUUUAAUACAUCAUCAAGAUAA